AUGUCUGAAACUUCAUCUGAAAGUUUAUCAUUAGGAUUAGUAAUUUAUGCAUCAGUAAAACCAAUUUUUAAAAUUUAUUUUAUUAUAGCUAUUGGAUUUUAUUUAGCAAAAAGAAAUAUUUUAACAGUUACAACAUGUAGAGAUAUAUCAGAUUUAGUUGUAACUGCAAUUAUGCCAUGUUUAAUUUUUAAUAAUAUGGUAAGUUAUUUAAAAUCUUCAGAUAUUAAAAAUGUUGGAAUUAUUAUAUUUACUGCAAUAUUAUUAUUUAUAGUUGGUGGAUCUAUAUCAUUUGCUAAUCAUUUUAUUACAAGAUCACCGAAAAGAUGGCUUGGUGGAUUAUUAUCAGUUGGGAUUUUCCCAAAUAUUAGUGAUUUACCAAUUGCAUAUAUACAAACAUUUGCAAAGGGGAAUAAAAUUUUUACAGCUGAAGAAGGAAGUAAAGGUGUUGCAUAUGUUUGUAUUUUUUUAAUGGGAAUGAUUUUAUUUCAAUUUACUUUUGGAUUAUAUAGAUUGAUUGAAUGGGAUUUUAGAGAUGAAUUAUUGGGUGAUGAUUUGGAGAAGAAUAAACAUAUUACAAAUUCAAGUAGUAGCAGUGAUGAUAAAGAUGAAGAAGAAGAAGAAGAUGAUGAUGAUGAUGGAGAAAAAAUAGUUACAAAUAAAUCAUCAACAAUAGGAAAUCGAAGUCCCAUACUAGCGUCUGAUCUGAACAGAUCUGAUACAACAACUUCAGAUUUAGAAUCUAUAAAUACAAAUUCGAGUGAAGCAGAAAGAAGGAGAGAAAAAAUUUCAAAUGAAGAAGAUCAACAUAAUGAAUUUUUAAAAGCAAAAUCUAAAAAAAAUAUAGAAAAUACAUCAGAUUCAAUAAUAAGUAGGAAAAGAACCAAUAAAAGUACCAAUUUAUUAUCACCACAUACAACAAAAAGUAGAAGAGAUUCAACAAGUUCAAUAACAAGUAAUCCAUAUGGAUUAGAAAUGAUUCCAUCAAGAAAUAAUGAUAUAAGAAGACAACAAUCACAAAACGUGGAUGAUGUUAUUAAUGAAUAUUCAGAAUUUGAUACUUUAAGAAAUAAUGAAAUUGAAAAAGAAAAAUCAAGACAAGAAAGUUUGGUAAGUAAUCCAAAUGAUAAAAUAAUAGAACCAAAAAAAUCAAAAUUUAAAUCAUAUGCUAAAACAAUGCUUAAAAAUUUCACAUCAUCAAAUUCAAUUGCAUUAUUAGCUUCAAUAGCAAUAUGUAUGUCACCACCAUUAAAAGCAUUAUUUGUUCCAACAACAUUUUAUAUACCUAACGCACCAGAUGAACAACCACCAUUAUCAUUCAUAAUAGACUUAACAAGUUAUAUAGGAGCUGCAUCAGUUCCAUUAGGUUUAUUAUUAUUAGGUGCAACACUAGCAAGAUUACAAGUUAAAAAUAUGGCACCAGGAUUUUGGAAAACUGCAAUUUUAGUAACUGCAACAAGAUUAAUUAUAUUACCAAUAUUUGGAGUUGGAUUAACUACUGGAAUAUAUAAAGCAGGUUGGUAUGGUUCAGAUAGAUUAGUACGAUUUGUAAGUGUUUUAGAAUUUGGAUUACCAAAUGCAACUUCAUUAGUUUAUUUUACUGCUUUUUAUACUGAUCCACAAGCUAAAGAACAUUUACAAAUGGAUUGUUUAGCUGUUGUUUUAAUUUUCCAAUAUUUGAUAUUAUGGUUUACUUUACCUUUUUUAAUUACUUUUACUUUAAAAGUUUCAAUGGGUUUAUAA